AUGGUUUCCGAUGUGGGAAGUAGAGCCUACAAUUGGGAACAGCCACUAGAGAGUGAUUUUGAUUUGAAUUUUAUUUAUACCAAAGAUUGGAAGUAUUACAUUACCAUUCAGAACAAACAACAAACGAUAAAGAAAGAGACUCACAUUGAAUUGGAUCGGAAUGUUUUAUUGAAACGAUCAACGAGUAGACAUUCGUUUUAUUGUUGCAUGAGUGAUAAUAAUAAUUAUGAGCAGGAUGAGAGCCACCAUUCAUCAACAUUGAACAGAAAAUGUUCAAAAAAGCUCAAAAUUGAAUGUAAUUUUCUUGGAUAUGAUGUAAAAUAUGCUGCGGAUUUGUUAUUCAAAUCAAAUAGAGCUAUUACAUGUUUUCAAAGUGGAUUUCCAUGUGUCAUGGUCAUGUGCAGAAGACAUCAUCUUCACGAGAUGAUUCAUAUUGCUCGAUAUAACAUUAAUCGAUAUGUAUUGGGAAGAAGAAGCGUUCGUGUGAAGGCCUAUCUCUAUAUUUUACAUCACUUAUUUUAUGCAUUGUACAUGUAUAAGAGAAGAAACGAUUUGCAGAUUUUCAAUAAUCAUUUACCUCCGUUGCAGUUCACAGAGCUAUUGGAUGAUUUGAAAGAGGACUACUUGUCACCUACAUUGGUUAAAAUUAUUGAAUUUUGA